AUGGCACAAGGACAAAAACUCAUAAGAGCCAUGUUUCAUCUUUUGCUGCUUUUAGGGUUUUCCGCGAUUGGGGUCUGUCUCUCCCGACAGUAUCACUUCAUUAACAAGAAUAAAACUUGGGCUGAAGCACAGAGAUACUGCAGAGAGAAUUAUGUUGACUUAGCCACCAUUGAUAAUGUUGAAGAAGAGCUGGCCCUUAUUAAAACAGUAGAUAUCAGGAAUACCAGCCCCAUCUGGAUCGGACUUUAUGAUGAUCUGAACAGCUGGAAAUGGUCUCUGGAUGAUGAUGAUGAUGAUGAUGAUGAUUUCUACCAGGAGGCAGAGACAAGCUUUAGAAAUUGGUAUAUACAGAAACCCGAAAAGUGGUAUGAAAAUAGCUUAUGUGCAAUCUUUUCAGGGUUUAAUGGAGCAUGGGAGAAGAAGAAUUGCUCAGAUGUGCAUCCAUUUAUUUGCUUUGAUGGUGAGUAUAGCAGAAAGGUAUAUUUAUCAUUAAACAUUUCUAAGUCAUCAGCAUCUUCUUAUGUGCACCACUUUGUAAAUGAAAGUAAGACCUGGCUGGAUGCACAGAGCUACUGCAGAGAGAAUUAUACUGACUUGGCUACCAUUGACAACAUGGAGGAAAUAAACACGCUCCUUAAAACUGUGAACGGCAGCUAUGCAGAUUUCGCCUGGAUUGGAGGGUAUGAUGAUCUGGACAGCUGGAGAUGGUCCUUGGACGAGGAUAGUGAACGAGGAAGUGGGUGGAACCGCGAACCCGAUAACUACAAUGGGAAAGAGCUGUGUGUCUUUAUCCGUUCUGAUGGAAAAUGGUCAGAUGGAGAUUGUAACAAUCAUUUGACAUUUGUUUGCUAUAACGGUAGAACUGUAACAGAAGGCUACGUCUGGGUUAACCAGUUAAUGCCCUGGGCGGAAGCUCAGCAUUACUGCCGACAGCACUACAAAGACCUGGCCAGAGUGAGAAAUCAAGCAGAUAAUGAAAAAAUCCGCAACCUGACAGGUGGCUUCGAGGCUUGGAUUGGUUUAUACAGGACCAGAGUUUGGUCAGACCAGCAUGUGGCUGUAUAUGAAAACUGGAGACCUGCCACCACUUAUAGUCCUGGACAACCUGACAAUGGUUUAUAUGCUUAUUGGGAACAGGGCAAUCAGCAAUGUGCUGCUGUAUCGCUCAGCGAUUCAGGGCAGUGGACAGACGAGGACUGCUUAGCUACAUUCCCCUUUAUUUGCUAUAGCAAAUUGUGUACAGGAUCAUUAUGUACCCAUCAGUAUGACUUCAUUACUGAGAAUAUGACCUGGACUGAGGCCCAGAGUUACUGCAGAGAGAAGUACACUGAUCUCGCCACCAUAGAAAACAUGGAGGACAUGGGAAGUCUGCUUGACACAGUAUACGGCACCUAUUCUGGUUUAGCCUGGAUUGGCCUGUAUGAUGACCUGAACAGCUGGAAGUGGUCUCUGGAUGAUGGUCCUUUCUACAGAGGGAAAGAGAGAAGCUUUAGAAACUGGUUUCAAUACAAACAAAGGAAUUGGUUCGGCAACACUUUGUGUGUACACCUUUCGGGUUUGGAUGGAAUAUGGUGGGGAGCUUCUUGUUAUAUCUCAUUAGCAUUUAUCUGCUUUGAUGGAAGAGUAAAUGCCGGCGAGAGAUAUGUCCUUGUUUAUCAGUACCUGAAUUGGACUGAAGCUCAGAGAUACUGCAGAGAGCAUUACACAGACUUGGUCAGUGUAAGGAACGAGUCUGAGAGCCAGAAAAUAAGACUAUUAUUAUAUAAGUAUAAUUACAGUAGAAGCGUAUGGAUUGGCCUGUACACUACAAGGUCUUGGUCAGAUAGGAGCAAUUCUUCGUUCAGCAACUGGUAUCCAGGUCAACCUGAUAAUUCAGGACAGGAUGAAUACUGCACUGCUGUUUUAACUGAAUCCGGAAAAUGGGCAGAUGAAAACUGUGGUCAAGACUUCCCAUUCUUUUGCUACACAACGAGAUCGAUCUCUCAUCAGUAUCACUUUGUCAACGAAUCUAAAAACUGGACUCAAGCACAGAGAUACUGCCGAGAGAGUUACACCGACCUGGCAACCAUUGAUAAUGUAAAGGAAAUGAACAGCCUCCUUAAUGCAGUAAAUGAAAGCUAUUGGGGCUUAGCCUGGAUUGGAUUAUAUGAUAAUCUGAAUGACUGGAGAUGGUCUCUGGAUGAUGAUGCUUUCUAUGAGGAGGGUGAGAGAGAGUUUAGAGGAUGGUACCAUGAACCGAAUAACUACGGCGGGAACGAACUGUGUGUUUUCAUGUACUACACAGGGGAAUGGUUUGAUCUACAAUGUAAUCAGAGGUUGGGAUUUGUGUGCUAUAAUGGUACAAGCAACAUGUAUGUAUGGGUCUCUGAAAAAAUGACUUGGGAAGAAGCUCAGAGGUUCUGCAGAGCAAACCACACAGACCUGGCCAGUGUGAGGAAUGAGACUGAGCUUAAGAAGAUACUAAGUGUUACACAAGACUUUGAAGUAUGGAUAGGUCUUUACAGGAACCGAUUAUGGUCAGAUCAGAGCAACUCGACUUUUGCAUACUGGAGACCAGAAAUUCAAACUCAUAUAAUAGCAGAACCUGAUAAUGGUUUGUAUUCAAAUGGACAACUGGGAAAUCAACACUGCACCGCUAUGGAUAAUACUGGCAAGUGGACUGAUGAAAACUGCUCAGCCAGGUUUCCCUUCUUCUGCUACAGUGUAACAACUCCAGGAGCUAUGAUAGAACUGCAAGUUAAAAUGAAAUUGAAGAGAAACAUGCUGGACUCUCGUAUAAAAGACCUUUUUUCGAUACAUUUUCAACGAGAACUGAGCAGACUGGGGCUGUCAAGGACCUUUACUUUGAGAGUGAAAACCAUCCAGAAGGUCAGCCCAUGA